CUGCAAGCCGCAGCAGCCGGUGGCUAUCUUGACAUAGUUGAGAUCCUGCUUGCUGCAAAUGCCGAUGUAAAUGCUGCCGCUGCCAGAAAGGGAGGCUACACAGCACUCCAAGCGGCAGCAAGCGGUGGUCAUUUCGACGUGGUGGAGAGAUUGCUCUUGGCAAAUGCCGAUGUCAAUGCGGUUGCUUCCACUGAAAACGAAAGCCAGACAGCACUCCAAGCAGCAGCUGGUGGUGGCUAUCUUGACGUGGUAGAGAUGCUGCUUACGGCAAAAGCUGAGGUAAAUACUACGGAACAAAAUGGGGACCGCACAGCGCUCCAAGCAGCCGCAGCAGGUGGCUAUCUCGCAGUGGUGGAGCGGCUCUUGGUUGCAAAGGCCGAUAUCAACUCACGAGGAGCCGAUGGCUGGACAGCACUGCAAGCAGCAGCUAAGGGCGGGCAUCUGGAGGUUGUCAAGAGACUGCUAACACUGAAAGCUGAUGUCAACGCCCCUGCUGGAAAUGGAGGUCGGACAGCGCUUCAAGCAGCAGCCGAGAACGGACAUCCUGCGGUCGUAGCGAAGUUGCUAACCGCAAAUGCGAACAUCCACGAAGCUGAUAGAUGGGGAGGUAAAACAGCACUGCAGCUAGCAGCCAGGAAGGGGCAUCUCGAGGUAGUAGA